CAGUUUACAAGCACUGUUGACACGGACUGACGAAAUGCAAAGAGCCUAAAUAGAGAACAGCACCGAGCCACUGAUUACAGGCUCCAGCUUCAAUCAAGGAGAUUCAAUGGCAAGUUUAGGGAAACAGUAUGAAAAAGGAAAGAAAGGAACUGAGUUUGUGACUGAAGAUGAUUUAUUGCAAGAUCACCAACCUUUCUAUCAGCACUCUGAUGAUCAACAGAAGGUUUCUUUAUUCACUGUUAGAGAUGGGCCCUAUUCUCAACGCUACAAAAUCGCAACGAUUAUUCUGGGCAUUUUCAGCACUGUAUUGGUGAUCAUACUCAUUGGCCUGUGUGUGCACUUUAACGGAGUGAGUGAGAGGCAUGCCGUGUUGACCUUAAACUCUUCACAAAUACGCUCAGAACUGGCCCAGCUCAGAGUGGACAACACCAAGCUACUAGCAUUCAAGAAAGAACUUCAGGACAAACAUGAAGAGGACUCAAACACUAUAAACUCUAUGAGGUCAGAAGUUGACACCCAUAAAUCACGUUUUGAAAAUCUGAUGUCAAGAUACAAGAGCCUUGAAGAACAAAAAACUAAGCUGGAAGCACGCAUCUCUCAACUUGAGGGGAGCUGUGGCCAGUGUCCACCAAAAUGGGAGCUGAUGAAUGAUACAUGUUAUUACUUUUCCGUGUCGUCUGGUAACAGAGGCUGGAACGAAGGCCGGGAGGACUGCCGCAGUAAAGGAGCCGACCUGGCUGUGAUUGACACGGUGGAAAAGCAGGAGUUCAUCACAAAGGCCUUAAGGGAAUUAAGGCACAGUUCAUCUCACAUUUACCAGAACGGCUAUUGGAUUGGACUGAAAGAUGACGUCUCAGAGGGGACCUGGAGAUGGCUGAAUGGAUCAGAACUGGUCACUAGUUACUGGAUGCCUGGAGAGCCGAACGAUGACCUCGGCAUUGAGGACUGUGCAGCAAUCUAUCCAGCUGGCAAUCUGAGAAAAUCCUGGAAUGAUGUUCCAUGUUCCCACCCACUGAAAUGGAUCUGUGAAAAGCCACAGGAAAAGCAACCCUAGAAACUACAGGAAUGAAUGGAAUCUGGUGAAUCUUUCCUUUCGUACUCUCAUUGUGUUUAUUUAAUAUUACAGCUGAUCAUCAUCUCUAGAAAUCAAUUAUUCAAUUCAGUUCACCGGGGUUCUUUUAAAAGCAGCUUAUCAUUUAUGUGUUAUAAUCAGGUUAUUGAUGUACAUUGUAUGUAUGUAUCAAUACAUUGUAUGUAUUAAUGUACAGUGUUUGCCAUAAGAACAGAAAUUUAAAUCAAUAAACAUUAAGAGUACA